CGGAGUGCGUGUGUGAAGUGGGAAAGCCAACCCAAGGAUCCACAAGCGAAAAUCGAAUCAAAAUGUGGCAGCGACAGGUGUUGGUGCUCAGCAUUUGUGGGCUCGUAACAAUGAAAGCCGCAAGGAGCAGCGCAAGUCGGUUUAAUGGCGCCACUUCCGCCGGCAGCCAAAAGCCGCAACUGAAGCUGGAGAUGAAUGCAUGGCAGCCCUUCACCCAGCACAACAAUUGGCUCAUCCUCCAGGCAACAGCGCCCAGUUCAAUGCAGCCGGGGCGGGUGGAGCGGCAGGAGAUUCGGGAGGAGAUCCGGGAAAGGCGCAAGGAGUCGGAACGACUUCCUGUCAAUUUCUACGCCUACAACCAUCGAUACAACGAGAGCUUCCCAUCGGCGGGCGGAAAUUACAAACCGGCUCCUCCCAGCGAUCCAGCCAGCUACGUUUUGGCCAUCAGCCAGCAGAUGCGACGGGGCCAACUCGUACGCCAGCUGCCAAAUGCUGAGGAAGCCGAGCCGGAAGUUCACGAGGCGGCUGCGACUAUAACCCAUGCGACUAAUGCUGAUGAUUACGAUGAUGACGAUGCCGAUGAUGACGAAAGCGACAACGAAAUCCUUCCCAAGGCAGGUGGAGCCGGAGGAAAGGCGUCGCUCCGGGGAAUCGAGUCCUACUUGGCGCCCUUUGAACGGGCCCUGGUAAAAGUGAGCAACUUCUGCGACGCCCUGAGGAGCGUGAUUAGCGACGAGGCAGAUGGGGAAGGCUCAAAUAAAUUGGAUGCCACCACGAGCGGGGUGGCGGCAACCACAGCUCCACCUGGAACGACAUCAAAGGACCUCCUGGUUCAAGGUCGCGCCCAACGUCUGGUUACGGAAUCUGAGGGCCGCAAGCUUAAGAAGCUGAAGAAGAAGAUCCAGAAGUUGCUGCUCCCCCUGCUGAUUGCCUACAAGCUGAAGUUCCUCACCCUCAUCCCGGUGCUCAUCGGCGGACUCACGCUGCUCGUGGGCACCACCGGUCUGGCCGGAUUCUUCUUCGCUCUCUUUACGGCCGUAAUGAGCCUAAAGACCUCCGCGGGUGGCCAUGCCAGCAAGUCGCUCGUCUUGAAGAAACUCUGAUGAGUGCGGAUUUAAGCCCAUUCAGAUUUAGCUUUUAGAUUCAGGGUAGCCAGUUAGCUGGUUGUGCAGUCAGCCAGCAUUGAUUUGUCUGGUCGCUGGCUAUAAUAAGCGACGUCGAUUUUCCGCGAUUGCGACGACGAGCCCUUGAGUGAAAUGAAGUAUGUACAUAACAGCAAAGUCGUCCAAAAACGAUAAGAAAAUGUUGCUCAUUUGCCCAACCGAAUUUUAGAUACCCUGAUUCAGUUACAUAUCUUAAGUUAAGUUAGUAUUACGCUGUAAAGGUAACCACAACAUAUUUAUUAUUCAGUCAAAAUAAGUACAAUUUUUUAUCUUAAAAUUUGAGAUCUUAAAAUUUGAAUUAAAGAAUGUUGACAAUUUUUAUAUUACAUAAAAUUAAUAUUUAAAAUUGUUAUACAUUUAAAUUGGUACUUCAAAUGUCGCUAUUAAAUCCCAUUGUAGUAUUUUUUUUAUAUAUCCUGAUUUUUAACGUACAUUUUGGUUUGAGAAAACUAAAUUCUGAC